GCGGCACGAUCAGGAUGGCGGGCGAGCGAGGAGUUCGCGGCUCCUCGUCGUCCUCUAAAUCUAGGAAUUGGCCCCACGCGUCAUCGGCGUCGUCGUCCUGGCUGUCGCGGGACACGCGGCGGACAUCGUAGCCCCUUUGGAUGACCGUCGCGCCGUCCGCAUCCUCGAGCGACGCCGUCGGCGUAAUGACCGCCCUGGUCGACUCGUCGCUGUCCUCGGGCAUGUCUAACUGGAACAGCUCGGCUGAAUCGUUGUCGAGACGCGCCCGCUCCAUUUUUUGGGCGAGCAUCGCCAUCAUGCGCUCGUCGUCAAUUGGCUUGUCAGCCUUCUUUCCCUUCCGUACGAGAGACCGCCACUUCGAAUUCGCGUCUCUCCGCUGCUUGCGCGGUGACCGUCCCCGCAGCGCGACGCGUAUAGACCGUCUCAUCCUCUUGAAAAACGACUUGCUUGGCUUCGGUCGCGCGUCCUGGAUAGACUCGCAGAGCUGCUCGGCGACUUGGGUCUUAUUACCUAGCACAGAGCGCAGGUUCACCAGCUUAGCUGGCCUUCCGGUCUGCUGUUGCUCUUUUUGCGGCGCGUCUUUUGCAAAAUCGCAACUCCGGAUGCCCCGCAGGGAUCUUGUUGCACGUGAACGCCUCGUGGUUGCUUAUUAUGCAAUUGCAGCAGCUACACGCGGCGUGUGUCACUUGCCCAAUCUCAUCGAGCUGGACACGAACUCGGCACAGGCCCGGCCUUAG